AUGCCGCCGCCGUCGAAAAAGCAAAAGUGGAGGAGGACGGAUCUCUCUGCCACGGAGCGGCACGUGGAAGACUUGGCUCUUCACGAGCGCGUCGAUCGACUCGAGGCUGCUGGGGAACUCUUCACUCUUGACACAGAAGGAACAUCGGCGGCUUCGAACUUGACACAGCGAGCUCGGCGACUCGUGAAAAGUCGAUCGCUUUCUGCCACGGGAGAACACGGCGUCCGAGACAGUGCAUGCCUCGCGAGCUCGAAGGCCCCCCUCCUUCAGGUUGUUUCUAAACACCACAGACAGCACAUUCUAAAAGUUCUGCAGCGAAAAGCUGACGCAGAGAAACUUCAAGGCGCAAAAACGUCGUCGCACGCCUCUGAGAGAAAGAGCGCGCCCACACCUCACAGUUCCUCGCUGUCUGCCGCCGACAUCUGGGGUGCCUCUAUCGUCGCUUCUGAAAACGCGAAGAAGAAGAAACACUUGCCUUCGUGGCUUUCUUCUUCUUCCUCGUCUUCAUCUUUUUCUUCCUCUUCUUCUCCUCAAACCCGUCCCUCUUCUCUCGCUUUAGCUCCAGUUCGGACGGCCGUGAACUCGAAGACGGAGCUGGCAGAGAAGUCGGAAAAUUCGUCGAGGAAACGCGAGCGCGAGGAACCUGACAACGAGACCUCUUCUUCCUCCGACAUACUCCCCAAGUCCAAAAAACAGAAAGCUUCUUCCUCGUCUUCUCCCUCUGCUUCCUCGACUUCUCGCUCUCGCGAUAAGGUGCCUGCUAGAAAGAAGAAAAGACCUGCCUUGACGUCUCGGGCACUGAGAAGCUUCGACAGCCUCCGCGCCGUCGUCCCUGCUGUACAGACACCGGAUCACGGAGAGUCGUACAACCCGUCUCCAGAGGCGCAUGCGCAGGCGCUCUUGACUGCAGCUGUAUGUACACUCGAAGAGCGAGAGCAGUGGCAACAGACGGGCGCGCAUAGCCGCAGUCAGCGUGUCUUGCCCCGGGACCCUGAGGUCCUGGAGGAACUUCUUCUUGCGAAAACUUUGCAGGAAGAAGACACGAAAGGCAGCUUCAGCAAAUACCGGAAACCCGUCGACGCAGCGCUCGCGAAAGUCCUUCCCCGAGAAAAAAUCCAGGAGCUGUCUGAGAGUCAGAAACAAAGACUUCUCUACCGUCUGGUCGACGGAGGCGAGAAGGUUCUCCUCGAUGCGGACGGAGCUUUGCGCCUAGUUGAGGAGGAAGUACAACACAGCGCAGGCGAUAGCGAAGAAGAGAACAGCGAGGAAGAAGCGGAUGAUCCAAGCCUCUUCAGACAACCUGUGCGGCGAGAGAAGAAGAAGACGCAAGCCGACAAGAAUCGUCACCUUCGCUUCCUGCAGCAGCAGCGGCGAAGAGCAGCGAAGCUUUCGUCGCGAGAACGUCGCGCGGCCUUGGCGCGUCUGGACGAUCUUUUGAGGGAGUGCGACGAAGACGAAGAAGACCGUCAGGAGGCGCAGAAAGACAAAGAGGAGCGUCUGAAGGCGAAGAUUGAGGCCGCAAAGCAGGGUCGCGUGAAACUCCGAAUCGGUCGAAAUCGCUUCGUGGAACCUCCGCCCGCUGUUGCCCUGCCCGACGAUCUCUCUGGCGGUAGUUUGAGGACCAUGAAAGCUUUACGCGGCGGCGCCUUGUCUGCGCAGUUGACGUCUCUGCAGCGUCGGGGCUUGGUCGAGCUUCCACCCACAGGCGGCGCAACUGCUGCGUAUCUGCGCCGCGUGCAGAAAGACCGGUCUCGUCGAAUCAGCAGCAAGAAGCCUGUUCGCAAGAGGCAGCUCGGAACGUAG